AAAAUGGGUAAAAAAGAUAAAAAUAAGAAGAAAGGUAAAGGUGCUGAAAAGACUGCAAUGAAAACAGACAAAAAAUUGGCUGCCAAACAGAAACGAAUGCUGGAGAAAUUGGGCGAGGCUGACAUAGCUGAGGUGGUAUCCAAAUUAGAAGCUGAAGAAGCCCGACGUAAAACUGUCACGGAGGAAUUGUGCUCUCCACCAGCGCCACGCUCAAAUUUUACUUUCGUUGCACAUCCAGAAAAGGAGGAGCUUAUACUUUUCGGUGGCGAAUUCUAUAACGGACAACGCGUUUGUGUCUACAACGAUUUGUUUUUCUAUAAUAUUGCUAAGAACGAGUGGAAACAGGUACGAGCACCGGCUGGACCGGCACCGCGUAGCGGUCAUCAAAUGGUUGCAGUAGCCGCUGAUGGAGGUCAGCUAUGGGUAUUUGGUGGCGAGCAUGCUAGCCCAUCCCAGAUGCAAUUCUAUCACUAUAAAGACCUAUGGGUGAUGCGUCUGAAAACCCGAACUUGGGAAAAAGUUAACGCGCAAAACGGUCCCAGUGCUCGGAGCGGCCAUAGAAUGGUCGCCAACAAAAAACGUCUCUUUAUAUUUGGUGGUUUUCAUGACAAUAAUCAAUCCUAUCGAUAUUUUAAUGAUGUCCACAUAUUUUCUUUGGAGUCGUAUGAAUGGUUGAAAAUCGAAAUCAGUGGGGCUAUAAUACCAGCCCCCCGUUCUGGAUGCUGCAUGGCUGCCUGUCCGGAUGGAAAAGUACUUAUAUGGGGCGGUUACUCGAAAGCAGCAGUUAAGAAAGAUGCUGAUCGCGGCAUAGUCCAUACAGAUAUGUUCAGCAUUGUGCCUGACAAAAGUUGCACCAACGAAAAAUUCAAGUGGGUUACUGUGAAAGCUGGAGGAUACCGACCUCUACCAAGGAGUAGUGUCAGCUGCACUACUGCGCCCAAUGGAAAAGCCUAUUGCUUUGGUGGUGUCAUGGACAUCGAUGAAGAUGAGGAGGAUAUCAAAGGUCAAUUUGGUGAGGACCUUUUGGCUUUAGACCUAAAUGCACAAACAUGGCGCUUAUUAGAAAUCGCGAAAAAAGAAAGGAAAGUCGGCAAAAAACAAGAUGAUAUGUCCUUACAGGACGUGGAAAUGGAAUCCUCAACGAACAUGCCCGAAACAAUCAGUACAGAUGGCGUAUUUACUGUCACUGUAGCGGGUCGAAGUGGAAGCAGUUGUAACACCUCGUUACCUAAGGUUCCAAGUUUAUUUCCAAAUCGACGCCCGAAAAAUUUACCAUCACCUCGCAUGAAUUCGGGUUUAUGUGUUUGCAAAGGUACACUCUACGUAUAUGGCGGCUUGUAUGAGGAAGACAACAAACAGUAUACAUUUAAUGAUUUUUAUGCCUUGGAUUUACAUAAGCUGGACGAGUGGAAAGCGAUAAUUCCCAAUGACAUGAAUGCUCACGAAUGGGUUGAUAGUGAGAGUAGUGAUUCGGGGGAUGAUGAUGACACAGAAAGUGAUAGCGAAAGUGAUGAUGAUGCGGACGGAGGAAUGGAAACUGAUUAGUCAGCUAAGUUUUGAAGCUAAACCAAGGUGAAUGAAAUAGAAUAAUAAAGGCCAAUUUAAUGUUUAUAAAAUUACAUAACUAUAUAUUUCUCGGGUAACUUUAAUACAAGAAUACAUGCUCAACCGAUUGCAUACUAUAUCUACGCUCAACAA